AUUGUACCUCCUACAAAGACGGAGAAACUUGAAGCACAAAUUCUACAAUCAGAAUGCUACUUUCGGAAUUACACCUGCCACGAGGACAGAGCUUUUAGCCACGCGCAAUAAGGAAAAAAAGAUAUUCUCAUGAGAUGUGCUAGUGUAAAUUUUGCAUUAAAAAAACGAAUGGUAGCCUAUGUAAAAGAUGUCUGAGACAUCUUCAGUCAACUCUGGGUCCAGCCAGCGACUCUUGCAGCUGUCUCUGAAGGGGGAAUGGAUUGCGCUCGAGCAGACAAUCAAAGGGAUGGAAAAGGGAGACCCAGAACUAACGAUAAUCGAUGAGGAGUCUGGCUUGAGUCUCCUGAUGAUUGCAGUGAGGGAGAACCGCCUAUCUGCAGUAGACAGACUACUGGAGUUAGGAGGCAGCACUAGUGAAAGGACAAAGGAUGGCAGGACUGCAUUGCAUGUAGCUGCAGCACACUCCAAGGAAGACAUUGUGAAGCUCCUGGCCAGAAAGGCAGAUGCUGACUCACUAGGAGGGCCCAAGGACCAGCUGCCUCUCCACUUUGCUGCCUCCCGAGCCACCCCAUCCCUCGGUACCAUCCAGACACUGCUAAAAUUCUCCAGCAAAGAGGCCCGGCUCGUACCAGACAAGGAUGGCUGCAUUCCACUGCUCUUAGCUGUCGAAGCCGGGAAUGUUGGAAUCGUUAAGGAGCUCCUUGGAACUCUAUCUGAGCCUCAGCUUAGGGCUCAGAAAACAGGGAGUGGAGAUGCAGCUCUCCAUGUCUGCUGCCGAAGGAAGGACUUGGAGAUGGCUAAAGUCCUCAUUGAGAACGGGGCCAAUGUAGACAUCCAGAAUGAGGAAGGGCAGACUCCUCUCCACAUAGCUGCCUGGGAGGGAGAUGAGCUGCUGCUGAAACUGUUCUACCAGAGCAAGGCCAACCCUAAUGUCACUGACAAGAUGGACAGGUCACCUCUGCACAUCGCUGCAGAGCGAGGCCACACCAACGUGGUGGAGGUCCUCACAGAGAAGUUCAGGUCCAACGUGCUGGCCAGAACUAAGGAUGGCAGCACGCUGAUGCAUAUAGCCUCCCAGUGUGGACACCCAGAGACCGCCCUCACCUUCCUGAAGAAAGGGGUCCCACUCUACAUGCCCAAUAAGUCAGGUGCAGUGUGUCUCCAUGCUGCAGCCAAACGAGGUCACACGGCUGUAGUGAAGUCUCUUCUCCUGAAGGGGGCGCAUGUGGACACCACCACUAAAGACGGCCUGACGGCCCUACAUGUCGCAGUGCAGAACUGCAAGCCCCUCGUGGUGCAGAUGCUACUGGGCUUUGGGGCUCAGGUCCAACUCAAUGGAGGCAAGGCCCGGGAGACCCCACUGCACAUUGCUGCCAGGGUGAAGGAGGGGGAAAAGGUGGCUGAGAUGCUGCUGAAGAGCGGAGCUGAUGUCAACGCAGAACAGGAGAAUGGGGAGACGGCGAUGCAUGUUGCUGCUCGCCACGGUGGACUGCAGAUGAUGAAAGCCCUGAUAGAGGAGGGAGGAGACCUCACCUGGAGAUCUAAGGCUGGAGAGAACCCUCUCCAUGUCGCUGUGCGCCACUGUCAUGCCCAUGUGGUGGAGGAUAUUCUCACCUAUCUGACCAGUGAGAGAAGCCGCGAGGAGGCCCAGUGCUGUGUGAGCCAGGUGAACAGGAAAGGGGAAACAUCGUUGCACUUAGCUGCUGAGCUGCAGAAGGAGAGCGUCCACAGAGAAGGAGAAGACGUACACAUUAUCAAGACUCUGAUGGAAUAUGACGCAGACAUCACUGCAGCAACCAGAGAGUCCUGUGAGACUCCCUUUCACUACUGUGCCAGAGUGGGCAACACUGACGUCCUACAAGAGAUGCUCAACAGUGUUCCCUCCGGUCGCCUGCAGAUGGCAGUCAACAAGCACUCCAAGAAUGGCUGGUCCCCGUUGUUAUUGGCUUCUGAGAGAGGUCACACGGAGGUUGUUAGAAUCCUGCUGCAGAACCACGCCAGGGUGGACGUCUUUGAUGAGGACGGCGAGGCAGCUCUCCACUUGGCGGCGAAGCGGGGCCACGAGGACAUCGCUGACAUUCUGCUGUCCCAUAAGGCCUUUGUGAAUGCCAAGACCAAGCUGGGCCUCACUCCACUACACCUGGGGGCCCAGAACGGCUCUGCCAGCCUGGUCAGACUACUGGUGGAGACACACCUGGGCAGCAUCGACGCUCUCUCCCUGAGUAAGCAGACUCCUCUCCACCUAGCUGCCAUCAGUGGACAGCUGGACGUGUGCAGCAGCCUGCUCCACCUCAGAGCAGACAUCACUGCCACAGACAUACACGGCCAGACACCCCUCCACCUGGCUGCAGAGAACGACCACUCUGAGGUGGUCAAGCUGUUCCUGAAGCACCGUCCAGAGCUAGCCACCCUGGCCAAUGUGGAGGGGGCCACCUGCACCCACAUCGCUGCAGCCAAGGGCAGCCUGGCUGUCAUCAGGGAGCUGCUCAAGUUCAACCAGGGGGGAGUGACCACGCUGAGCAACAAGACCAACGGCUCCUGUCCUCUGCACCUGGCGUCUGCUGGGGGACACGCCGAGGUGGUGAAGGUCCUACUGGAGGCUGGGGCGUCUGUAGCUGAAGAGGACGCAGAAGGGAUGACAGCCAUUCACUUGGCAGCCAGGAACGGUCACACACACAUCCUGGACGUGCUGAAGGGAAGCAUAUCCUUUAAGGUCACCAGCUCCAAGACAGGGUUGACUGCGUUGCAUGUAGCAGCCCGUUUUGGUCAGGUGGACUUUGUCAGAGAGAUCCUUACCAAGGUGCCAGCCACCAUGCGCAGUGACACCCCAAACAGCAACAGUAGGGAGGGAAUACCAGUGCACCAGCCCCCUUUAGAGUCAGGAUACACUCCCCUGCACCUGGCUGCCCAGUCUGGCCAUGAGAGUGUGGUGAGACUGCUGCUCAACUCCCCUGGUGUACAGGCAGACAAGGAGACAGACAUACAGGGCUCCACCCCCCUUCACCUGGCGGCCCAGAAUGGUCACAUGUCUGUGGUGGGGCUGCUGCUGAGCCGCUCCAGCUCUCUGCUGCACCUGAGGGACAAGCAGGGCCGCACCUGUCUACACCUGGCCUCCGCCAGCGGCCACGUGGCCAUGGUCAGAGUGCUGCUGGGCCAGGGGGCCGAGAUCAACCACACCGAAGAGAGUGGCUGGACCCCGCUCCACUACGCAGCCAAAGCAGGCUGUCUGGACAUGGUGCGGUUCCUGGUGGAGAGUGGGGCGUCGGCCAGUGUAGAGUGCCAGGGGGGACGAACCCCACUGCAGUACGCUGCCAGGGACAACCACCAGGGGACGGUUAGCUUCCUGCUACGACGAGACGAGAACAACAUACUGAGACUGCUGGAGGACAGGAAGUUUGUGUUUGACCUGAUGGUGUGUGGGAAGCUGAACUCCAACACUACGCUGGAGGAGCUGGUUCUUCACUCCGCUGCUCCCCUGGACACGGCCGUGCGUCUGUCCCGAGCCCUGGGCCUGGCCGCCCUCAGGGAGAAGGAGCGUUACGUGGACCUCCAGGCGGCCGCCCACCACUGCGAGAGCCUGGCCUCCGACCUUCUCAGCAUGGCCUCGACCGGGGAGAGGGGGGCCGGCGCCGUACUCAGGGCGGUGGACCAUAGAGGGGCCAGCGUGCUGGACUGCCUGAUCGAGGGGAGUCAGAAGGGGGUGGUGGCCCACCCGGCUGUCCAGCAGUACCUGACGGAGGUGUGGUAUGGCAGUCUGCAGUGGGACUCCUGGAGGAUCCUGCUGCUGUUCUUUGGCCUGCUGCUCUGCCCUCUGCUGUGGCUGUUCCUCUCACUGCCUCUCAAACACAGGUUCAACACCAUCCCCAUCGUGAAGUUCAUGAGCUACCUGGUGUCCCACGUCUUUCUCCUGGCCCUCUUCAUCCUCACCAUCGUCUACCCCCCGCUGUGUCCCAUCCACCUGGGUCACCUGCUGCCCUGCUGGAAUGAGUGGCUGCUGCUGGCCUGGCUGGGGGGCAUGCUGGUGUCUGAGCUCACCCAGCCAGGGGAGCGCCAGGGCCUAGCCUGGAUCCGAGUGCUCGUCCUGGGCUUCUCUGCCGCUGCCUUCCUCUGCCACCUCCUGGCCCUGGUUCUCCAGCUCUGGCCCCCCUCCCAUCUCCACUGCCUGUUCGCCCGGAACGUCCUACUAGCCGUGGCCAUGACUCUAGGCUUCGUCCAGCUGCUGGAGUUCCUGACCUUCCACCACCUGUUCGGCCCCUGGGCCAUCAUCAUCAGAGACCUGAUGAAGGAUCUGGGAAGGUUUGCCGUCAUCCUGGCACUCUUCCACACCGCCUUCACCAUGAGCCUGUGUGCUGUGUGCCAGCCCGUUUACCCACUCGGUCAGUAUUACAAUGUCACCUUGGUGAGGCAGGAGACAGGAGGCCACACCCCUCUGGAGGUGUCAGUCCUGCUCUUCUUCGCCCUCUUCGGCCUGACGGAGCCUGAGGACAUGCCUGCGUUGGUGCGCUCACCCCCGGCCGCCGGCGUGGUGGCCCACCUGGUGUUUGGCAUCUACCUGGUGGUGACGGUAAUCGUGCUGAUCAACCUGCUCAUCGCCAUGAUGAGUGACACCUAUCAGCGCAUUCAGGCCCACUCAGACACUGAGUGGAAGUUUGGCCGGGCCGUGCUCAUACGGGACAUGAGUAGGAAGUCAGGCACGCCGUCUCCAUUCAACCUCUUCACCAACCUCUUCUUUUAUGCCAAGGUGCUUUGCAAACAUCGAGGUAAGAUCUGCUCUGCGGAGGGCCGGGACCUGAUGACUGAAGAGGAGGAUGCAGAGGGUCUGCCUGGGCCUGACUCCCGCUCUCUGGACAUGCUAGCUCACACCACCUUGGGCUGGAUGAGGACCAACAAGAGGACACAGAUCCUACCUGAGGGUGGCCAGCCCCUCCCCUCCAGCUCCAGGCUGGCUGGCCAGGUGCGCGUGGAGCAAGUGACAGACUGGGCCGCGGUGGUCCAACGCUACCUGGCGCUGAGAGGACAGGGGGACAGAGCCAUGCAGGAGAGGGAUCCUGGGACAGGCCCUGCCCAGCACCCUGACUGAUCCAGUCCAUCCAGAACCAGGACUUAGUAUCUCUGACUAACUCACCCACACCUGACUUAUUAUCCUGAUUCUCCACCCUUUUACUAAAGUAUGCUCUUGCACACUUUCUGUCAUGGAUUUAACAAUAUUGGAAGCUCCUUCCAUUGAUUUAUCCAAUCCAAUGCUUUUUAAAUCCAUGUCAGAAAGUCUGUAAGUGCACACUGUGGGAAAAGGGUGAAGAAUUGGGAUGCAGCCUAAGAGCCUUACCCAGCAGCACCCUUAGGACCUUAGCCAAGCCUUGACGGGACCGAGCAUCUUAGCCCGACUCCCAGGACCCCAGCCUUGACAUUACCAUGAGCCUUGAAUACUUACUGGACAGUAUGACUCCAGCUCUGCCUUGACCUACUACAUCACAGCAACAACCUGUGAAACAGAACUACUAGCACCAAUCACACUGCCUUUAUUAUCAGCUGUCAGUGAAUACAUUACUCUGUCACAAUUGACCUGAUUGUCCACAAUGGUAAAUCACUUGUGAUCCAGGGCCCAGUUUUUCAAAAGUUAUCUGAUCGGAUUUCGGCAAUCAGAUAGGAUUACAUGUAAAGAAAUAGAGUAAAAAGAACGGGCGUAUCAUUUAGUUAAAUGGGGACGCCUGUUCUAUUCGCUACAUUUCUAUGCAUUUAAUCCUAUCCGAUUGCCGAAAUCCGAUCAGAUAACUUUAGAAAAACUUGUCCUAGGCUAUCAGGAUUUAUAGCAUGUAGCUUCUGUUAUUGUCCAAUAGAGGUCAGUAUUAGACAACUUUCUUUCAGUGUUGUUUGAGCUGGUUUUAGUGCUGAGAUUAAUGAGCCUGUAAAAACAUGAGAGAUAGAAGAGUUAUUAGGGAAAGAGGAUACCUUGUCAGUUGCACAACUGAAUGCACUCAACUGAAACGUGUCUAACACUUUUAACCCAACCCCUCUGAAUCAGAGAGGUGCGGGGGGGCUGCCUUAAUCGAGUUUAACGGCGCUCGG